UACCAAAACAAUAAGACGGUCCGAGAGUACAUCUACGAGCUCAGCGAGCUCUGUAACAUGAUAGGUGAUGUUGAGGACCGUCAGACGGUCUCUCGGUUUUGGACGGGGCUAAACUCCAGCAUCCAAGCCGAGCUCUGGAAGAAAGAGCUGAAACCCGAGUCAUCAUCAUUUCGGGAGGUUCGAAACGCUGCCAAAGUAAUCGAAAUUGCCCACUCGGUACCUAACCGGGAGCGGCGAGGCAAAGACAGGCCC